AUGAUCGAUAAAGUGAUCACAUUACUCCAGGGUCAAGCCCAGGAUGCUCCAAUUACAUUGUUAGCAUACCUCGCGGCCGCAUCAGCGCUAUUGUACCUCAUUGCCACCGAGAUACAACGAGCCCAGGUUAGGAUACCAGGAUUCACAGGUCCUUCAGGACUGCCCAUGAUUGGCAAUCUUCAUCAAAUCAGAGUCAAUGCUGCGGAACAAUAUCGUCAAUGGGCAAAGUCUUAUGGACCAGUCUACCAGAUCAUGCUGGGCAAUGUGCCAGUCAUUGUGGUCAAUGGAGCCAAAGCAGCCCGAGAGAUCUUUGGUGCCAACUCACAGGCUCUAGCAUCAAGACCUGAAUUCUAUACCUUCCACAAAGUCGUUAGCUCUACCGCGGGCACCACUAUUGGAACAUCUCCUUUCAGUGAAAGUUUGAAGCGGAGAAGAAAGGGUGCUGCCAGCGCUUUGAACAAGCCUAGCGUAGCUACAUACAUCCCACAUAUUGAUGUCGAGACUCGAGAUUUCCUCAACGAGUUUUUGACUUAUGGCGAAGCCGGGGCCAAGGCAGUGGACCCUAUGCCUAUGAUUCAACGAUUAUCUCUUUCCCUGGCACUCACACUCAACUGGGGUACACGCAUGGCGUCACAGAAUGAUACUCUUUUCGGUGAGAUCACACACGUUGAGGAAGAAGUCUCGAAGUUCCGCUCCACCACCGGCAAUCUGCAGGACUACAUCCCGCUCCUGCGUCUAAACCCUUUCAGCUUUGGCAAAGCCAAAGCCCGCGACAUGCGCCGCCGCCGUGACGUCUAUCUCAAAAAGCUCAACGAUGACCUUGACGAACGUAUUGCCAAGGGCACACACAGCCCCUGCAUCCAAGCCAAUAUCAUUCUAGACAAGGACGCCAAACUUAAUGCCGAAGAACUAAUUUCCAUCUCCCUGACCAUGCUUUCAGGUGGUCUCGACACCCUCACCACCCUCGUCGCCUGGUCGAUGCCUCUUUUGGCUCAACGUCCCGAAAUCCAAGCCAAGGCCCUUCAAGAAAUCCGUGCAGUAUACCCUCAAUCCCAGAUCCUCUGCGACGCCAACGACGACCAGUCCAUCCCCUACAUCUGUGCUCUCGUCCGCGAACUCCUCCGCUAUUACACUGUGCUCCGCCUCUCUCUCCCACGCGGCACCGUCAAAGACGUCGUUUACAACGGCCACACCAUCCCCGCUGGCAGCGUCGUUUUCCUCAACGCUUGGGCCUGCAACAUGGAUGACCAAGUCUGGCACGAUCCGGAAGUGUUCCGACCAGAGCGAUGGCUUGAGAUCCCAGAUGCACCUCUGUUCACCUACGGGUUGGGUUAUCGCAUGUGCGCCGGCAGUCUACUGGCCAAUCGCGAGAUGUACACCAUCUAUCUGCGGUUGUUGUCUGCGUUCGAGAUCAGGGAUGUCGUGAGUGAAGACGGAACGGCCUUCGAGACUCAUCCAGUCAAAGGUGUGGAGGAUCAGACCCAAUUGGUCAGUGUGCCCAAACGGUAUCGCAUUCGUUUGGUACCGAGGGAUGAGCGUGUGUUGAGGCAGGCGCUGGAUGAUUAUGUUGAUGAAAAGCAUUGA